AUGGCCACCGUCCACCAACCUCCAAACGCACCCAUUCUCGUUUCUUUCCCAGACGCGGACGCCCUCGUUGUCUCUCUUUCUGCUUUUCUUGUCAAAGCCCAGAAAGACUCUAUCGACAAAAAGGGCCGCUUCACAAUCGCCCUCUCUGGCGGGUCGCUUCCAAAGAUGCUGAGGGGCCUCAUUGGCAACCCAGCAGUUAAAUGGAAUAAAUGGCAGGUCUUUUACGUCGACGAACGUGUCGUAUCCCUUGAUCACCCAGACUCCAACCAUCGGGCAUGCAUGGAGCAUUUAUUCUCCAAGGUCUCUAUCCCAGAGGGAAACAUCCACCACAUUGACACGUCUCUGCUCGAUGACCUGGAAGAACUCUCUGAUGCGUAUGAGAAAGAUCUCAUUCGAGAAUUCGCUCAGAAAGACUCUGCCCGUUUCCCUGUCUUCGACGUCAUUCUCUUGGGCAUGGGUCCGGAUGGCCACACCGCAUCUCUCUUUCCAGGUCAUGAGCUCCUUCUGGAGGAGGACCGUUGGGUUGCAUACGUAAAUGACUCCCCCAAGCCGCCGCCGAAGCGCAUCACUUUCACAUACCCAGUGAUCAAUCACGCCGCGAGGAUCGUGUUCGUUGCGGCUGGGAAAGAAAAGGCGACGACCCUUAGGUCAGUUUUGGAUGUCCCUGAGGAAGGACUUCCCUCGGCAAGAGUAAAACCCGUGUACCCCGGCCAGCUGUAUUGGUUUGUGGACGAUGCUGCUGCAGCCAAUGUUGCAUACCCCCGAACGCCGUUCAAACUUUGAAUGUUGCUUAGUGAUACACGAAAUGUUGAGAUUUUUUUUUACGAAACGACGGAGGCAGUCAUGUUUGGCUAUGACAAUUGUGCUGCGUUA